GCAUCUUUUAUCUUAUUAUAAAAAGCCACACAAAUAUUAGGUCUAACAUAAUAUCAAAAAAUAAAGAUUGAAAAAAUUUGUUUAUGAAAAUUAAUGGCAAACUCCAUGCGUUUAUUUGCUACUAUGUUACUUCUAACAAUGCUUGUCAUGUCUACUGGACCAAUGAGAAUUGUUGAGGCAAGAACUUGCGAGUCUCAGAGUCAUCGUUUCAAGGGACCAUGUGUGAGUGAGAAGAAUUGUGCCUCGGUAUGUGAGACCGAAGGAUUUUCCGGUGGUGAUUGUCGUGGAUUCCGUCGCCGUUGCUUUUGCACUAGGCCAUGCUAAUUAAGAGUAUUUUAUAUUCACGAUAUGUAUCGAAAUACUCAUGAAUGAAUAAAAGACACUAUAAUUGUUCAAAGAUGUAUAGUGCUAGUUUUGUUUGUAAAACUAGUCAUGGUCUUUGAAUUAUAUGCAAUUAUGGUGCACUAGACUUGUAAUUCAUGUGGUGUGUUCUUGUUUUUAUGCAACAUUAUGAAUAAAAUUUGUCUUUAUGUCACUAA